AUGAGUGGAAUCGCGCUCAAGCUCACGUCCCUGCUGGUCAGAACCAUAGCCAAACCCAUGGCGACGGCCAUCAAGGGACAGGCCAAACAGCACCCUCGAUUCAAGCAAAUCUGCAUCUCGCUGGCCCAGCGACUCCAUCAGACAGACACCAAUCUGAAGAUGCGUCUGAUGGGCAAGUCGACCUUCAAGGUGCGGCCGCUCAAUGAGGCCAAGGCCAUUGAAUCGGGUGCUACGUUUGUGGCUGAGGGGUUUAUUUUCUCCGUGGCGGGAGGUCUUAUUCUGUACGAAUCAUUCCGGGCUCGAAGGAAAGAGUUGAAUCGACGAGAGACGGUGGCUGACGAUAUCGAGACUCUUCAGGACGAGAUUGAGUGGCUCAAGGAGAAACUCGUCAAGCGAAAGCUGCUGGAAGAUGAUUAUAAGGCCCCCGAGGGUCUCAAUCCUCAGCAUCUGGUAGUGGACAAAGAUACAAACAAGGUGUCCAAGCGGGUGAGGGAGGUGGCUGAGACCGCAGGUGAGGCCACUCCAUCCCCUACCGUUCCAAAACUGUCAACUAUGGAUAAUAUUCAGAAACUUGUGGAGAACCAUAACAAGCCUGGUCAUGAGAGCAAGGUGAUUCACCCCGAGUCACCUGUUCCCAAGAAUGCUGUGUCAGCUAAGGAGAACUGA